CUCAACACCAAGAUGCAAGGGGUGUGUCUGGCACAAUAAACUAACCUCCACCCACUGUCAGCUUGAAGACACUGAGGUUGUGACAGAGGACUGCCGCUGCAAUAUAUAGGGCUGUCAUGAUUCAGCUCCAGCCCGUGUAGCAACAGAUCUGUGGCUGGCAUUUUUCGCAGCUCCCCAAGAGGUGUCGUUUUCUACCUGUCUGCCUUCCAGUUGCCUCCGUUGUGAAUAUUUCGGGGCUAUGGCCGGGAGAGCUGCCGCUGCCUUGCUUAUCACAGCAUCCAUCUUGCAAAUAGCCCUGGGCCAAAACAUCACCGAGCCACGAAUGGGGCUCCAUUGCUACAAAUGCGACUUCGACCGACCCUGUCCAACCUCAGAGAUGAGCGUGACCUGCAAUGAAGGAGAGAGCUGCAGCACCAUCAGAGGACAUUCAGAUUAUAAAGUCCACGAAUCCAUCUACGGGAAGGGCUGCGUCUCCGCCAGGAAGUGCAGCGGCCUGGACAGAAUCAGCUACUCCAACAACCCUUUCCGCGUCACCUACUCCUGCUGCAACACCGACUACUGCAACGGCGGCUUCUCUGGGGCACCCCGCCUCCCCUUGGUCUGUGUGGGCACUGUCUUGACCAUGCUGCUUGCCUACCUCUUGUGAGACACAGAACCUGCCUGCCCUGUAAGGAUACUGACCCACUCAGUGACUGGCUCCUCUUGCGCAUGUCUCCUUCCGCAUCCAAACAGCCAAGGCCCUGUUUCUCGUAAUGGACGCCAUGCCGUCCUUUCAUAUCUACAAUGUCGCUCCCGGUUUAUAUCUCUGCCUUAGCUUCUGGCCUACAAAUUAGCCCACUAAACUGCCACAAACCAGCUCGUUUAUUAUCUCCAUACCAGAAGUGAUCUGUCAAGUUUCCUACAGAUACAGGAAACUGCUGCUCGUCCGCCUCGCUUCUCUCUCCAGCCACUGGCCGUGGCUCCGCAGGGCUUCUGGCAGCCAGUCCCGAUCCUAUUUAUUUUAUUUAUUGACAGAGAUCAAAACCGCUUCACGGCCAAAAGUAAUUGAUAUCCGGACCACCUGCAGAUGUUUUCCUGCCGAGUUAUGGCCGCUGCCCUAACAUUGACAUGACAGUGAGUUGGUUUGGUGCUGCCCCCUGGUGUGCAGUUCCUGAAGUGCUGCAUAUCACACAAGUGUCCGUCCGUCCGUCCUUUUGUGUGGGAUUUGCAAGCUACUUUUCCCCAAACAAAAGAUUUUGGGAGAACUUCUUAGAACCUCACAAGGUGAUCAGAUUUCAUGACAUAGCACAGUAGUUAAGGCUGCAAUCCCAGGCAUGCUUUCUUGAAAGCAAACCCCAUUCAAUUCAUUGGGACUUUCUUUCGAGUAGCCUAAACAUGCGUAGGAUCAGGCUGAAAGAGCCGCAAAACUUUCUGGUUCAAAUGUGGCCUCGGCUAGGAAUGCGGAAUGUGGAACUUGGAAUAAUCAGGUCCCUAUUCUCUAGCACUCUCUGGCUGGCACCAUCUCUAGGGGGCCCCACAUUUUUUUUCUGUGGGUGCCAGGCCUCCACCCCCUGCCACGACUGCUGCCCGCCACCUCUGUGGCCGCCUCUGCACACCACCCGCCGUGGCAGUGGCGGGGCCUGAGCACUAGAGGUAAGGCAGUAGGUGGUUGUGGGGGGUGGCGUGCGGAGGCAGAGGCCCCCGUCCAGUCACUGCCACAGCAGCAAAACACGAGCACUGUGCCAUCAUGACAGCAUGGCAUGAUGUGACAUCAUGACGUCACGUCAUGCCAUCAUGAUAGGCACAGUGCACGUGUUCUGGCAUCUCGUCACGUCACAACAUUAUUAUGGCACCGCGGGGCGCACACCGAAACCACAAUGUGGAGCCCAAUGUCGGUGCCCCUGCUGAUUGGCAACAUGGAAAUGAUAAUAAUACUGACCUGCUUUACAGGUCAGGGCUGUUUGCAAAAGGGCUUUCAAACAGCCCCACACCGAGCUUUGACUGUGCGUGCCUGUUCCCAGCAGAAGAACAGGAAUGUCACACCAAACCUAACCCCCACUGGCCGGUUGAUGAGCGGGGAACUAAAUCCUGCCCAGUUUGACUGCACCAACAAGUGCUCAGCUGUGAAACCGGUCCGUGCAGUCAACGCAGGAUCAAACCCUGUCCCAUCAGCUGGCGUCACCCCCUCAUUGGAGGCGAAGGUAGGCAUGGUUUAUUUAAAAUACCCUUAUGGGCCAAAUCCCCCACCCUAACAGGCCAAGGCUGGCCCAUGAACUGGAGGUUGUUACCCACCCCUUGUUUAAACACAGAUUACUACAUAGGGUUAGCCUAUAUCGCAGGCUCUCACCAGCACAACCGUGCAAGGGAGUUGUUUUUCCUUCCCAGAUUGCAAUCCUUCACAAGCUCUUAGACAUGUCCAGAGCUUUAAAGAAAGAAAAAACUUUCUCAAAAUUGUUUUGCCUAUGUCUACACCACUAGUCUUCAAAAAUACAGUUAUUAUAAUACUGUAGAAACGACGUCUCCUGCGAACAGACUGCUGGUGCACUAAAAAAAGAUUGUGUAUGUUUCUGUUUGUCUAUCUACAAUUCCCAAUUAAAACAUUAAAAAUGUUCCUUGCAAGUAUUGUUUUGCUUGAAGG